CAACCGUUUGGGACGAAAGCCAUGGAAAAGAGUUGGAGGACUUGGGAAGUCAAUGUCAAAGGCGCCUGUCUGGUCAUUCAAGCCCUUCUGCCUCUGUUGCUGAAAGUAACAGAGAAGACCAUCGUCAAUGUAAUGUCCGCUGACUCCCUCGCGUUGAUUUUGGGGGCAAGCUCGGAACCUCUAUCCAACUUGGCCGUUUUGCGCUUAUCUGAAAGUCUGGCGCUCGACUACGCACACAAGGGACUGGUGGCCUACUCGGUGCACCAAGGCCUGGAUCUGGCGAAGGGAGCACCAGAAGCUGUGACCGAUCAACCGGAGCUGACUAGCAACACUGUCGUGUAUUUGACCAGGAAAAGACGUGAGUGGUUAGCUAGGAGACAUAUCAGUUGUUCAUGGGAUAUGAGGGAGCUUAUAGCCCAGAAAGACGAGAUUGUUCGAAGCGAUCUUCCCAAGUUCAAUGUGUCUUUUAGCGUAGCGCUAGUAUAUCACAGAGCCAGAGGGCGGGUGCCUCGAAAUAGUUACUAG